CAACAAUCUUUACAUAAAAAAAUGUUAACAUGCAACUAUACAAGUCUAUAAAGAACUUGAUCUAGCACACCGGUGUGGACUCACUCCAUUUCCACCAUGAACCCUUCAUCUCCACCCACCACCAUCACCCUCCGCCCCUUCCGACUUUCCGACGCCAACGACCUCCUCCAGUUCGCAGGCGACGAGCAAGUAACACGCUUCCUCCGUUGGGAAACACUUAAAACAACAGAUGAAUCAUUAACCUUCAUCAAAGACAAAUGCAUACCACACCGUUGGCGCCGGUCAAUAUGCAUAGACGACCGCUCUAUCGGGUUCAUAUCAACUUUCUACGAAGAUGGACACAAGGCGGAUAUCGGAUAUGGCUUGGCAGCCAAGUACUGGGGACGAGGGAUCGCGACGGAGGCGGUGAAGAUGGCCGUGAAGCAGGUGUUGAUGGAGUUCCCAGAUAUUGUUAGGCUGCAGGCGUUUACUGAUGUGGAGAAUGUUGGGUCUCAGAGGGUGUUGGAGAAAGCUGGGUUUAAGUUGGAGGGGCUUUUGAGGAAAUAUACGAUGAUUAAAGGGUGUGUUAAGGAUACUCUGGUUUUUAGUUUGUUAUCCACUGAUGAAAUAUAGCCCCUUUGGUUAGAUUACAAGUUUGAUGUAACGAUGAUUUUAUGCACGUUUGGGUUGUGAUCGUUAUAUUUAGCAUUUUUUUUUGGUACUAGGUGGAUGUAGAUUGCUAGCAUACAAUGUGGAUAUUGUGUCUAUGUAAAACGAGUGAAAAAACCGAUGUUGAAAGUGGCAAAAUAGUGUGUGUUUGUGUGAACACCCGCUUGGUUUGUGUUGAAAAUACAGAGCUUGAGGAAAUAUGUAAAUAGUCACUCAGAGGAUGGUUGGGUGAUUUUUAAGCGGGUCAAAAUGGGCUGGAUUGAGACUUUGAGUCAACUAUUCUGGUUUUUUUCUAUGUCAACUUAGUUAUUUUUUUCUA